AUGGACGACGCCGAAGGGGGUGAGGAUUCUAUGGAAUUCUCCGAGGUCCGUUCCAGUAAUAAACGCGUGUGCGAUUUAUCCUUGGAUCGGGCGUCCUCUGAGGGGAAGAAACCUAGACAAGUAAACACCAGGUCAAAUUCAGGCAAUCACAGUGUGGUUAUAUGCUCUAUGGGUGACCUGCCCAUUACAGCGUGGAACAACAUAAAAUUUGGACAAGCGAUACAGCAAGCUAUCGGUAACAUCAAACAAGUGAAAAUGCAGGGUUCCAAGGAGCUAUUAAUUAUAUGUACGGGACCAGCCCAAGUUAAAAAGGCUUUGGCAUUAACCUCUGUUAUGGGACGUGAUGUGCAAUGUAGACAACAGUUAUCUGCUAACCAAGCACGGGGUGUUAUUUAUGGGGUAGGAGAUGAGCUAACUGAAGAAGAUGAAUUGGCUGCUUUGAAGAAAAACAAAUGUUAUAAAGUGGAAAGGCUAUAUAAGGGGAGGGUGAAAAUGAAAACAAAAUGCAUGCUGUUGCAUUUCGAUCUCGAGGACAUUCCUACUGAAAUUUGUUUAGGUUAUGAAAUAUUUGAAGUCAAACCGUACGUUCCUCGGGUAUUACGCUGCUACAAGUGCCAGGGCUACGGCCAUAUAUCGUCUUCAUGCAGGGGAAAGCAGCGUUGUCCUCGUUGUGCAGGAGAACAUGAGUUUGAGCAGUGUAGAAAUCUGGAUAGACCUAAGUGCUCUAAUUGCGGCUCCCUCGGCCAUUCAUCUGCAUACCUGGGCUGUCCAUAUCGCAAGCAGACGCCGCGUGAAUGGCAUGAGACUUUCAUCAAGUUUGGGGAAUCUGUCUCUGUGAAUCGGUGUCAAGAUAAAGACUGCUCUUGUGGUGCCCAGUUUCACUGUCCAUUCUGUGAGCCAAAAUCUUUCAAAGAGAUUAAUGCAUUCAGAGUUCAGGACCAUUUGGAGCAGUUUCAUUGGCCAGCAGGUGUCCAGUACAAAGAUUUAUUCAUCGUGCAGUGUUUGCUGCAUUGUGCAGAGAAGCGUCAUGCACACUAUCACUGCCCUGUGUGCACAGACCUUGUGGAGCAGAGAGAGGAGUUUGUCACACACCUGCAGGCACAUUUGCUGGAGCAGAAAGAAAGUGUGAGACUGGCUUACGCCCCUGACACUCAACAGCCUGAGCACCUUGUUUAUGAGGACUACACACUGACGCUGUGUGGCAAGGACUGUUCCAUCAUGUUUUCUGGCAGGAAGCAUUAUCAUUGCCCUGGCUGUGGUGAAUUACGAUGGAAUUGUGCCACUAUAGCUGCUCACCUUUCUGAGUGUGAAGUUCUGAACAAACACAGGCCACAUUCUCUCUUCACCGCCACUAAACAACGCCAGCUAAUAGACCCACGCGUACAGUUUGCAAAACAUUGGCACGAGUCUAUGGUACGAGAUAACUAUGAUAUUACUGUCAGACGUUGUACACCAAAGUGUUGUGGGAAACAAUACCACUGUCCUCUGUGCACAUCAAAGACAAAGCCAUGCAUGGUUGCCAUGCUGCGUAAACAUUUCAGCUACCAUCUGGACCACUCUGUCAAACAUAAAGGUUAUCUGCUACUGGCCUGUUGUUUGGACUGUGUUAAACCGGGCCAAACUGAUCCUGGAACCCAUUACCAUUGCCCGUACUGUGGCAAGUGUGUUCCUGAUCGGGUGGAAUUUACCUACCAUCUGAUGGCCUGUGAGGGGUCCACCAGUACAAGCAAUCAUGAUGACGUGGAAGAUAUACCUGCUGUUGAUAAUGAUUUCAGCCUGGAAGACAGGGAUGAAGAGUGGUUCAAGGUUCGCCCCAAGAUCAGCCGUCCAAAACAACAACAAAUCGAGAUGUUUGAAACAGUUUUUGCCACAUUGUCCCAGUCCUUCCUGAAAGUUUUCAACAUGGAGACUUCAGAUGCCCUGAAGGACAUGCUGACUGAGGUAGCUGGAGCAACCCAUGUGGAAGUCUGUUCCUCCCCAGGCACUGACCCGAGGAGGCCAGGAUUCGCCCUGAAAGGAAGACUACAAAAUGUUCUCAAGACAGAAUCUCGCCUUAGUGAGAAAUUCAAUGAAGUUAAUCAGGAUGAGACACUUACACUGAAGACUUACUACACACCCUUGCCAGAGAAGCCUCUCAGGUCAUCAGUCUCCCUACAAACUUCCCCUGUGCUGGAAAAUGUGCGAGUGAAACCUCUACCACCCAGCCGCCCUGCCCCACAUGGGCAGCAUCAGACCUGCGCCUGUCCGUCAGAGCCGUGUAAUGCUGUUACAGACCAUGGCUACUCCAAAGAGGCAGGAAACCAGAGCAAACCGUUAAACACCGAUGAGCCGUUUCAUCUGGAAAAGACUAACAUAAAUGUAGGAUCUCAGGUUGCACUUGUGGGAAAAGAAAGUAGGACUCUCAACAAUGUUGGGCAGAAAUCAACUAGUGUUGUUCAAAAUACACAGCAAGCUGAAGGAAACUCGACUGAGCCUUCCAAAAUGACCAUAUCAGAGGCAGUAAAAGCCCUAAGUGGCCUUGCCAAGUUAAUUCCAACACCAGUUGGAUUGCUGAGAUCAGAAGCUCAAGGUGUACACCAAACCUUCAUCAUACCUUCACAAGGAACUCCUCAAAACAGCCUGGGUAAUGCUCCUGGAGCAGGUGUACACCUGUUCCAGCUCCCAGGUGCUCCAAGUGUUCAGCUUGGGAAUUCAGCCAAAGCCAACGAACGGCCAAGUUCCCAAAGCGGAAUGAGUUCAGGAAAAAUAACAUUUGUAAGGCCUAAAAGUGUUGCAGCGUCGAGGUUAACAGGCUCUGUUCUCACUACACAAACCUCAAAUGAAAACAUGACAGAUUUACCUGUAACUGGUUCAAAAAGGCCUGCAGAAGUCACCCCUGCUGACCAAAAUAUGGUCCAGAAAAAACAAGACGUAACUGAACCUAAACGACUUCGCAUAGUAGAGAAUGUACAGAACGUUCAUGGACAUAUUUUAUCUCCACAGGCAUCAUCGGGGUUAAAUGCACUACGAAAAACACCUGUUUCAGCAACAGUGCUGCCCUCAAAUAAUUCCAUGGGGAUUACAAAUCCUGCCUCCCCUCUGAAAACUGCCGAGUUAGGUACUCUAGAAUCCCCAAAGAUAAGCACAGCUGGUAGUAAAUCAGCACCACAAAUCAGAAGUAUGGCUGUGGAGGACCACAGUAACAUUACCGCAUUGAUUCCCCUUCAGAUUGUUCCAAGUGCUAAGGAAGCGUCGGAAGUGAGCGACGCGUUGAAAUACCUUGGUGGUCAGGCUAAACAAACCAAUCAGCACCCAGUUAAACAACAGGCCGUACAAACUUCUGACUCUUCUUCCAACUGUGAUAAAGCCAGUAAAGUGGCUGAUGGAAUUACAGUAGUGUCAAGUUCAUCUAAUCGCCUUAGCAGAAGUGUGGCUUCAGAUAAGCAGCCAAUAGCGUUGUCAACUGAAAGACGGUUAACACGGAGUCAAAUAGUUAACUCAGAUGGGGCGAAAAAUAUAUCUUUUUCCCCGAUCCAGAGUGCUUCUGAGGGUCCGAAAAGGCUGCAAGAUUCUGUUGUAAAUGUGAAAUCCACAGCAGUUUCGCCACUGUUCUUGCAGGAUAAUUCUCCAGCAGCAACAAAGGCAGCAGUAUUUUCAUCCGAUCAAAGCUCAUCCAGUGAAUCCCCAAGAAGAUACUAUACUCGAAGCCUCAAACAUACACGGUCACCGGAGCUCCCUUGUAAAUUACCCACAACGCAAAAUGAUGGACGCACGCCCAAUAUUCUCAAACGUGGAUGUACUUCAGUGAUUAGUCCAGCGAAGGGUAACAGUCUGCUGGUUAAACAGAAUAUAAAACUGGCAGCACUGACUUCUGACUGCUCUUUGGAUUCAGAAACACUAUGUGAAAAGGCCAACACAUCAGCGGUCAAAAGCACAGUGCAUAGUCAGAAGUCUGAGAGUCAAGUGGCUAUGGUCAGUGAUCAGUUAGUACAAAUUUUGAGUUCAGAUGACGAGCAAGAGUCGGAAUUGAUUCAUCCAGACCUAUCUUUUGAAAUUCCAACCAUAAGGUUUCAACUGAGUGAUGCGCAAGGCACUGUAAGCUCCAGUCACAGUUGGACUAAGGUCCAGGGUGGUACUCAAAUUGGUAAGCCACAGACCACUGGCAGCAUGCCUUCAAACAGUGUAUCAAACGGCGCAAGUGAACCUGGUAAGACCAGCCCAGAAUUACCUAAGCGGUAUUUCACCCGGGGAAGAAAAGUUGACACCAGCGUGUUGAAAGGACGCGGUAAAUCGGCCAAGGAUACGACAGAUAGGAAGAAAACACCUGAAACCGCUAAAUCUACAAGAAUACUUAGAAGUUAUAUGUCACCCAAGAAAAGUAAAAAAGGCUUAGUGUCACUCCCGAGCAGUAAACAGCCAGAAUCCCCACGAAAAAAGCAUUUAAAGUUUGAAACGCCUCUUAAAUCUACAAAACCAGGGACUGUAAACAAGAAAAAACAAUCUGACGGGUACCCGUAAUAUCAGCACAAAUGACACAAAUACCAGUAGCACAAACACCAGUAACACCAGCCAAGGGAAGAAGAAAAGUGAUCAAGAAGUAUCGCCUCUAGUUCUGUCAUCGGAAGAUUUAGCUACGCGUCGAAAAAUUCCAACUGUGAGAUUUCAGCUGGACAUUGAGUUGGGAUCUGAAAGUCAGAAUUGUGGAUGGACAGUAGUUAAAAAGGCUAUGAAAUCGCCUGAACAAGCCAGUGAUAAUAUUUCUUUGGAAACUCCUACAAAAAAUACCUUUCCAACAGAUCAGAUAAAGGCAUUUGAGAAGCCUGGUGGACAGAAUACUAGCAACAUUUCAAAAUGUAAAACGAUGAAAUCUCUUGCUUCUGUGAGUGCAGAAAGUGCAGUACAGGAAAGCAGUCGUGCAAGUGUAUUGGCAUAUCCCGUCAGCAUCACAGAUCCAGUAAACAAAACUUUAGUGCCCCAGUCAGGAAAAAGUCCUGUUGAGAAAGACGUUGAAAUUUUAAAAGAUGAUGCUCCUGGAUCCACAGCUGUUGAAGAUGAGGCUGAAUGCAUUGGUGGGAGACCAGGACCUGUAAAGCUGUCAUCGAAAUCCAAUAUAUCUACUUCUGGAAAUCAGGGGAAAAGAGACCAUGCCAAGGAACUGCCGUCCCAUGUGCAGAUAAUGCGUUUACCCUUGCAAAUUUUUCAGUUUUCUAAAGAUGCUUCUGUACAGUCUAUGCAAGUUGUUCAAAACAGUACCAGAGGGUGGAUCUGUCUGUAUUCCUGGGGCCUGUAAGACAUCAGAGGUCAACCCCACCUAAAGUUAGCCAAACAGUAACCCCAAACCAGAAUCCCUCAUGCAGCCCCUAAAUCGACCGGAACACAGAUGUGUAGACUGCUCCCAGAAAAAAUCCGAUGGCGGAGAAGUACCUGUCCAAAAGUCCGUUGUGCUCGUUCAGUUUUCUGGAGCAUCUUCCCAGUCUACACCUUCUCAGCCAGAUAUUUCACUUCCGAUAAAUCAUCUAGGACCAAGUCAUCAAAAUGUCCGCACCACGCGUGUUGCCUGAAGUGGUAAGUUCCAGUACCCAUACGCCGAGCGAUGGUGCACAAAGCAGUAUAAAUAACUGCCAAAACCAAUACUUCAAAGAACAGUGUUUCAAACACCAAUAUCUCCACGUUCUUCAUUCCUGCACAGCCUCAACCAUCUAAGCUGUUUGUUUCAAAUUCGGAAAUCCUCCAGCACCAAGUCAGAAACUUGAUGUUGCCAGCAAAGUCACCAAUCCAAAGUUGACCACACAAGAUUGUAAUCGCAGUAUCCUUAAUCUGAACGUUCCUCCGCAAAACAGUGUAAAUCAGAAUAAGCUUAAAGUCAAUUCUUCAAACACCAGUGUUUCAACGGUAUUCGCCCCUGCACAGCCUUCGCCAUCUAAGCCAGUUGUUUUCAUUUCAAAAGAUCCCUCCACAACAAAGUCAGCAACUUGAUGUUCCUAGCAAAGUCUC